UCUGAAACGGUAGAGCGUCUCCUGCUUGUUAUUUUUUGUUUUUGUUAUUGUUAGGGAUUCAUCCUCUGCUCCCAUUCUCUAUAAAAUAGGUAGAUAAUUCUUAUUUUUACGGCAUGCUCCAUUUAAUCCUCCAGGGAAAGAUGGAAGGCAAACGAGGUCCAGGCAGAAGAAGAACAUCGUGGCUUCAAAAUCUAAGGGACUGGUUUGGACAAAACUCAGCAGACCUUUUUCCUGCGGCUGCUGAUAAAAACAGGAUCACCAACAUAUCCGAUAACGGAUAUGGCACAAGAAGAAGAAGAAGAAUUCUUAUUUUUGUCGGUGGCCAGAUCCAGCAGAACAGUGGACGAUGGGUGCAAGGGCAUUAUCCAUUUGCCCAGCUUCUGCCAUAAAACAAGAUGAAGUGCUGCCACCAUGUGGCUGAAGGCGCACAGCACAUGAAGGAGCGACGAAAAGGAGGAUCGUCUUCAAUUUCCCUUCGUGCCUUUGAGAUCGGAGGCAGCCGACAUGGUUUCUCCAGACCUCGGAGGCAUCGCCUCCGAUUUUCUCCCGCCAGCAAAGCCCUCCUGCUGCCCCCCAGGGACAAAACAGGGAGCCCAGAUAGCCUCCUCCGGGUCUGAUCUUCAUGGGGGAUUUUAACCCCUUUCCUCUCUACAGGAAGAACAGGCACCAACCGCAAAUCUUUUGAUGCAGGUGUGAGAUUUUUUUUCUCCCCUUUUCUCCUCGAUCCGGCCACGUUGCGUGCUUGGUCUCGAUGCCAGCAACACCCCGGGCCCUAAAUCUUGGCAUGGGAUGCAUCUGGACGCAGGAAGGCGCCUCCUUCGAAAAUGGGGAACAAGCAAACCAUCUUUACAGAUGAACAAUUAGACGCCUAUCAGGAUUGCACCUUCUUCACACGAAAGGAGAUCCUCAGGUUGCACGGCCGCUACCACGAACUGGCACCAAACAUGGUUCCCAUGGAUUAUACCAAGAAUCCAGAUGUUAAACUCCCUCUGCAGCUCAUAGAGAACAUGCCAGAACUCAAGGAAAACCCCUUCAGGCAGAGAAUUGUCCACUCUUUCUCGGAGGACCCAGAAGGAAACCUCAGCUUCAAUGACUUUGUCGACAUGUUUUCUGUACUUAGUGAAAUGGCUCCCCGGGAGCUAAAAGCAAUUUAUGCCUUUAAGAUUUACGAUUUUAACACCGACAACUUCAUUUGCAAAUCUGACCUGGAGCAAACUCUGAACAAGUUGACCAAAGAAGAGCUGACCAAGGAGGAGGUCAGCCUGGUCUGCGAGAAGGUCAUUGAAGAAGCGGACAUGGAUGGAGAUGGGAAGCUUGGAUUCUCGGAUUUCGAAAACAUGAUUUCCAAAGCUCCAGAUUUUCUCAGCACCUUCCACAUACGAAUCUGAAAUCCAUGGGGCUGAGCCACUGGAAGCCAGGCUGGCUGACGUGUUCUUGGCUUUCUCCUCCUCUCUUCCUGGAUGCUGCAGCAAAGGACUCAACUGAAUCCUGGCCCAGCAGAUGCAGGACUGUUUUCCAAGAUCUUCGGAAUAUCCCUGGAUGAUUAUUACUAACUUGGUUUUUUUAAAAACAAAAACAAAAACCCAUAAUGGGCCACUCACCUUGUGGGACGUACAGAUGCCAGACUGUUAUUUUUUUAAACUGGACCAGCGAGUCGCCCGUGUGAUUCUCUGUCAUUUUUAUACCUGUCUAUACUAGCCCUCUGUGCAAAAAUCAGACAAAAUCCCAAGGGCAACUUGAAAGAGAUGCGAAUCUCCCCGAAAUGACUUGAUCAAACCGAAGCGCUGGAACUCCUAAGGCAGUGGUUCUCAACCUUUUUAAUGCCGCGACCCCCAACUGGUCAUAAGUCGAGGACUACUCAACCGGUUGUAAGUCGAGGACUACUCAGCUGGUGCAGCACCGUUUGCAGAA